AAAAGAUGCCAACUUCUUCCACCGCCUCCUACGAUUUCCUCGCCCGUGCUCCCCAAUCCAAUCCGUGGCUCCGCCUCGUCUCCGCGUUUGCAGGUUCGCCGCGAUGCGUCGAUGAUCCGCACCGCGCCGCCGCGCGCGCGGAGGAGGGCGAUACGUGCAGCCCCCGCUUGGGGGAUUCGGGGUCUGUUUGGGCGGGAGCAGGUUUGGGGAUUGAGAGCGCGGGGAGGGCGAGAUGUCGGCGAGGCUCGAUCGUCGUGGCUCGUCAGAUCGGCCCGGCGAGAGGGUGGAGUUCAGGUUCUCGGGCUUCCGCGCUGUUCAGGUUCCGGUGGUAUCAGAUAGGCUGAUACUUUCAAUAGUUGCAGUGGACACUGGAAAAACGAUUGCCAAGUCCACUAAAGCUGCUGCACUUAGUGGAAUCUGUCAAUGGCCAGAUUCCAUCCUAGAACCAAUUUGGUUUUCCCAAGAUGAAGUGUCGAAAGAAUUUCAUGAUUGUCAGUGCAGGUUUGUUGUUUCCAUGGGAUCAACAGAAAAUGGUAUACUUGGGGAAGUUCUCCUUAAUAUGACUAACUAUCUUAGUUCAUUGGACUCUAAUGCUAUCUCUUUGCCAUUGGAGAAAUGCAAUUCUGGAACAACUCUACAGCUUAACAUCCAAUGUCUUGGCACUAAUUCUAAAACAAGUGAUGUGAAAUCAUGGAAUGAACUAUCAAAUGUCUAUAGUCCAACCAAUGAUGACAUGGGGUGCAUAUCAGAUUGCUCUGGCAGUAUGUUGAAUAUGAUUACUCAUUCUUUGUCAGGGAAUAACUUAGGUGGCUCUUAUCAAGAUGAAGCUGGAAAUAGGGAUGCAAGUUUGUCAACAUCAAAGUCUUAUCGGAGUUUUAAUUCUGAAGAUAGUACCACUGACAGAAUAAAUGUAACUCCUAGAGACAACUCGAAUGAUGAAUUAUAUAUACGGAGGCAUGCUUCUGUUAGCCCUGUUUCCAUCCAUAUUAGUGCGGGUCAUUCUGAUGAGGUCACUAGAUCAAACAAUUCAUCAUUCAGUUCUCGAACUCCAGCUCAAAACAUGCUGCAGGGAAUUAAUGCACAACCAUUUGCAAGAGAUUUAUCUCAAUUAUCAUCAGGGGCAUCUGAUGUCUCCAAAGAUAUCCUCAACAAUGCUGAAGAGGCAAUUGAUGAACUACGUGGUGAAGCAAAAAUGUGGGAAAGAAAAUCUCGCAAGUUGAAACGUGGUCUAGAGACAUUAAAGAAAGAAUCUGCUGAUAAAUCUAAGAAACAAUCUGAGCUAGCGCUGGAACUUGCAGCUUCAAAUUCUGAGCGAGAUGCCUUAAGGCAGGAAAUUGAAGAACUCAAAUGUUCUUUGGAACAGGCAACUGAACACCAAAUUAUUUCAGGAAGUCCAAGAUCUGGGGAUGUGAUAGAGCUCCACAAAGAGGUGAAAGAUGACAUUCAAUUUCUGAAAGAAUCAAAUGUAAAUUUAUCAACACAACUGAAGAAGACACAAGAUGCCAAUAUAGAGCUUGUUUCAAUCCUUCAAGAACUCGAAGAAACAAUAGAGGUUCAGAGAGUGGAAAUUUCUAACAUCUCUCGUGCAAGUAAUUUGAUAGACCAUGAGGCCUCCAAAAAUGAUAUAUUAAUUCAAGAAAAUGUAGAGUGGGCUAGAGAAUUGUCACUAAAAGAAGAUGAAAUUGCAAUGUUGCGGGAAAAAUUACACCGUAUGCUUAAUGUUGAAAAUCCAAACAAUGAAGGUUCUGAUGUUAUUUACCUUGAAUUGGAAAAGGAAAAUGACUUUUUGAAGGUCAAAAUACAAGAACUGGAGAAGGACUGUUCUGAAUUAACUGACGAAAAUAUGGAGCUUAUAUACAAGUUGAAAGAAGUAAGUGGGAUAGCCAGAGGAGAUGAUUUGUGCGUUCCUAAUAAUGAGGAAGUCGCCAAUGAGGGUGAUCUUUUUGACAGUUCAACAUCUAAAGUAAAAUAUCUAGAGACAAAAUGUGCUGAUCUUGAGCUGAAGUUGAAUAGUUGUAGGUCCGAGUCCAGUGAGCUAGAAGAAAAGCUCCAGAAAAGCCAAGAUGAGCUAAAAGACAGAACUCUUGAAUUAUCUGAUCUGAGAGACAAGCUUAGUGGUUUCCAUGCCACAGAAAUGGAGGAAGGAGACACUGGUAGUGCAAAAUCUUACAAAUCGAGAACUGAAAAACUCGAUGAAAAUAACAACGAAACUGAAUUAGAUGCUUUGAGGAGUACAGUUGUACUAAAAGAACAAGAAAUUGAGAGCUUGCAGCAUUCUAAAAAAGAAAUGGAGAACUUUCUAUCUGAAAUUGAGAAUGAGAAGAAUAAGUUGGAGGAACGUUUAGAAGCAGCACUAAAAGAAUGUAGCAUCACUUCAACUUGCUUGAAUGAAGUGCGAGAAGAACUCCUUGUUCUCACAAGCAGCGUAGAUUCUCAUGUUUCCACCAAUAACGUUCUCGAAACAAAGAUUAGUGAGCUUGAAAUCUACAAAGUCAGUCUAGAGUUACAUAUAUCAAAGCUGGAACAAGAAAAUAUAGAGCAACUAAAAGAAUGUAGCAUCACUUCAGCUUGCUUGAAUGAAGUGCGAGAAGAACUCCUUGUUCUCACAAGCAGCGUAGAUUCCCAUGUUUCCACCAAUAAUGUUCUCGAAACAAAGAUUAGUGAGCUUGAAAUCUACAAAGGCAGUCUAGAGUUACAUAUAUCAAAGCUGGAACAAGAAAAUAUAGAGCUGUCAGAUUCCAUAUGUGGAAUAGAGGCUCAGUUGAACUAUCUGACAAGUGAAAUGGAGUUAAGCAUGCUACAACUAGAUGAGUCUAGAUCACUUAUCACAGACCUUAACGAUAAUCUAAUUCAACAGCAAGCAGAGGUGGAAGCUCAAAAGGUAGAACUGAAGAAAAACCAGCUAGAAUCAGACAGGAGGUUGUCAGAAGUACAAGAGGAUUCAGAAACCCUAAGAAGGUCAAAUGCAAAACUGCAGUCUACCGUUGAUCGUGCUGUUGAAGAAUGCAAAUCUCUGCAGACUCUGACAGCUGAUCUAAAGAAGCAGAAGCUGGAAGUGCAUGGUUAUGCUGCACAUCUGGAGCAGGAAUUGGAGCAGUCAAAAAGAAAGACCAUGGAUUUCUGCAAAACGUUAGAGUUCCUAGAUGCAAAAUUGUCUUCUCUUCAGAAAGACAUUUCUUUCAAAGAGCAAUCUUUGCUUUCAGAACUGGAGAAUAUAUUUCAAGAGCACAAGGAGCAUGAAGAAAGGAUAAAACAUGCACAUUUUCUUUUAAACAAGAUUGAGAAAGAAAAGAUUGUUGAAUUAAGCAAUCUUGAGAGGGAGGUUGUUAGCCUUACUGCACAGGUAUCUUCAACACAGGAGGAGAGAGAAAAUUCCACGUUAGAUACCAUACGUGAGGUUUCCAUCCUUCGAGCAGACAAGGCUAAACUUGAGGCUAAUCUUGAAGAUGUCAAUGCGCAGAUGAUACAUUACAAGUCUCAAUUGGAAGAUCUACAAGAGUCUAAAGCCAAGAUUAAAGGCCUAGUUGACUCGCUCAAUGCGUCCAAACAGAAUGAAGAAAUGCUAGCUACAGAUGUUGAUCAUAUGAGAAGAUCGAUUGAAGAUGCAAGAUCCAAUGAAAAUGACUUAAGGAAAACUUUGUGUGAACUCGAGUUGAAAUUUAAAUCCAGUGAUUAUGAGAAACAUCAGAUAAUUGAAGAAAUUUCUGGACUGAAAAUUCAAGUUUGCAAAAUAUCAGCCCUCCAAGAUGAAAUUCUCACGUUACAAAAUUCUCUUGAUAAAGCUAAGUUUGAGAAAGGUAAGUUGGAAGGGUUACUUCAAUCAUUGUCUGAAGAGUGUGAAGAACUAAAAUCACAAAAGGGGAUAUCAACAGACAAAGUCGCAUGUUUACAGGACACAUUGAAUGUAGCUAAUGAAGAAAAGCAAAGUGAAAUAUCUAAGCAAACAAAACCUGUGAUGCUUGACGAUGACACACCAGCUAAUGAAACAUCACAUGUACUUGAAGCUGAACUAAAAAGUGAACUAAGUAUUAUCAAGGGAGCUAACAGUGAAUACCAACAGAAAAUACAUUCUCUUGAAAAGGAAAAUGAGGAUCUCAUGAGGAGAAGUCAGCUUAUGGAGAAGGAGCUUGAGCUGAAGACAAACCAAAACAAACAUGAAAACAUCAAUAAACAGGGUAAUGAUGCUAAUGAAAAUGGAGAUUCUCCAGUUAAUGACGUCCCUGAACUUCAGUCUAAGAUCCAAUUACUGGAAACUAGACUUGCUGAGGCACUAGAGGAAAGUAAAUUGUAUAGAGGACAACUGAAGAGUCCAAUACCAGAAGGGAAUUCUACUAAUAAGGAUGUCAAAGAGAAUGAUAAUGACAAGAUAUCACAACUAGAGUCAGAGCUAAAAGAUAUGCAAGAACGGUUACUCAACAUGAGCAUGCAGUAUGCAGAAGUUGAGGCGCAGCGUGAAGAAUUAGUAAUGGAGCUCAAAACAGCAAAUGCGAGAAAGGGACGGUGGUUCUAGUGAGAUGGGGAACUACUGCAUGCCAUAAUCAUAAGGCCCACACAGUACAGGAGGAAUGAAGUCAAAUGCGGCUACAAAUUG